CAUCCUGAGCUCUCACACACACACACUCUCUCUCUCCCACUCUCUCUCUCCCACUGUCUCUCUCCCACUGUCUCUCUCCCACUCUCACUUCACCCACACACUUUUGCUGUAGCUCUUCUCCCACACAGCCUUUCUUUAAAGCACUCACACACUCACACACACACUCACACACUCACACACACUCAAGAUCAAGAGAAUGGCCCCAAAGAAGCCAGAGCCCAAGAAGGAAGCAGCCAAAGCGGCCCCCCCUCCGGAGCCAGAGAAACCCAAGGAGCCCGAGUUCGACCCCAAGAGCAUAGCGAUUGAGUUCAGCCCUGAUCAGAUUGAAGAGUUCAAGGAGGCGUUCAUGCUGUUUGACUCCACCCCCCGCGGUGAGAUGAAGAUCAGCUACGCCCAGUGUGGUGACGUCAUGAGGGCGCUGGGGCAGAACCCCACCAACUCUGAGGUCAUGAAGGUGCUGGGCAAGCCCAAACCUGAGGAGAUGAACACUAAGAUGAUCGACUUUGAGACCUUCCUGCCGAUGUUCCAGCAUGUGUCCAAGUCCAAAGACCAGGGCACCUUCGAGGACUUCGUCGAGGGCUUGCGAGUCUUCGACAAGGAGGGAAACGGCACCGUGAUGGGGGCGGAGCUACGUCACGUCCUUGCCACUCUAGGGGAGAGGAUGUCGGAGAAGGAGGUGGAGCUACUGAUGGGAGGCCAGGAAGAUGGCAGUGGCUGCAUUAACUAUGAAGCCUUCGUCAAGCACAUCAUGGCUGGGUGAAGGAGUGUCCCUAUGUUACUCCAGAUUCAGAUGAAGCUCUCCUCUUCUCUACUGUCCUCCCUCAGGAUCUCCUCACCCACAUGGCUCUCUCCUCCCUCGCUCUCCACCCCUCCCCUCUCCCCUCUUCCACUGUCUAGAAAGUGUGUGUGUGUGUGUGUGAGUGUGUGUGCAUGUCCUCAGACAGGACGAGGAGUUAGGAUAUCACUGUGUCUCUCCACGGCUAGUCUCUCCACUGUUCUCUCAUCCAGAGGUCUUAUUUAUUGACGUUAGCUCUACGUCACGUCAACUUUUCAACAAUAAAAAAACGUUUGU